CACUAUAUCUUUUAUUGGGCUUCGUAACACAAAAUGAAGCCCAGAUUCGUUAUGUAUGAAUGCAUAUUCCUCAUAACUAUUGUUAAAUCAGAAUCAGCAACAUCCUCAUUCCAAAUCCUCUUUGCGCCAAUGGCCAGACCAUUGCACCUCCAUCUCCUCCUCCGCCGCUCCCACUGCUUUUCUCAUGCUUCUCCCCCCUUCCGCCUCCUCUCCCUUCACUCUCCUUCUCUUCAACUCACUUACCCCAGAUUCUUAUCCACUCCCUAUCCCCUCCAAUAUGAAAUGAUUAUCUCUCGUCCCGCCAACUCCCCUCCUGCCCCCCGCGCCCUCCCUAACCCCCAAUCCCAACAACAUUCAGGAUCUGAUCAGGAUACGGGUUUCCAUGCAUGGGUCGAUAAGAAGCUAUCCACCCAAGAUGCUGAUCAUAAUAACGGACAACCCGUCAUGGACAAGGCUAAGAGAAAGUAUUAUAACAAAAGGAGGAAAAGAAUGUACGGGGAAUCGGAGUCCGACGAAGAAAGUAGUCGUCGGGGGAACGACGGUGAUUUUAUCGAGUUGAAGCAGGAGGUGGUGGACCUACGCACUCUGCAUAAGAGAGAAGAAGAAUUGUACUUCUACGACGCUUUCGCUUACCCGUGGGAGAAAGACAAGCACUACAAGAUGGUUUAUCAAUUGGAGAAGAAGUAUUUUCCCGAUCAGUGUUUUGAUAAGGCGUUUCUCGAUCCGGGGAAACCGAAUGCCAACAAGGGGAAGAAGGAAAAUGGAAAUGAAGCUGUGGGAGUGACGGGUGAGGAUGAUAAAGGAUUGGUGUUUUUUGAGGAGGGCCCCAAGGAAGGGAAGGAUGUGAAAGUUGACCAUGUUACGGAGAAGAAAGUGGAGGACUUCUUCAAGUGUUUGAAGAAAUUCCCCAAUGAAAAUGGUGGAGAUGUCGCUGCUGUGGAGCCGUUUCUUUCGACGAGGAGUGUAGGGCUUCCGCCGAGAUGGGAUGGUCCCAGUGGGACUGUGGUUUUAGUGAACAAACCUAAAGGUUGGACUUCAUUUACAGUUUGUGGGAAGCUGCGACGUCUGGUUAAAGUGAAAAAGGUGGGGCAUGCUGGAACUCUUGAUCCCAUGGCAACUGGUUUAUUGAUUGUAUGUGUUGGUAAAGCCACCAAGCUGGUUGACAGAUACCAAGGCAUGAUAAAGGGAUACAGCGGAAUCUUCCGUUUAGGAGAAGCCACCUCAACCUGGGAUGCAGAUUCACCGGUCAUCCAAAGGGAGCCUUGGGAACAUAUCAAGGAUGACGAUAUAAAGAAAGCUGCUGCAUCCUUUUGUGGAGAGAUAUGGCAAGUCCCUCCAAUGUUCUCUGCUAUCAAAGUUGGUGGAGAAAGGAUGUAUGAGAAAGCUAGAAAAGGAGAAAGCAUUGAACUUUCGCCGAGACGGAUCUCAAUCUUCCAAUUUGAUGUUGAACGAAGUUUAGAUGACAGGCAAAAUGUGGUUUUCCGGGUGACUUGCUCGAAAGGAACCUAUGUCCGAUCCCUUUGUGCUGAUUUCGGCAAGGCUCUAGGCAGCUGCGCUCAUUUGACAGCCUUAUGUAGAGAUUCAAUUGGAGAGUAUUCGGCAGAUGAUGCGUGGGAAUUUCAGGAGUUGGAAGAAGAAAUCACAAAAGGAUAUAUAUAAUUCUCUUGUUUUAUAGUUCCCGUUAUUCUGGAUCCACCACUUCAAAUGCAAGAUAAAAUUAUUCAAGCAAUUCUGCUAGAACUUAAUUCCCAAAAAAAACAAAAAAAAAAAGAAAUAUUACCAUUAAAUCUUUUUUAUAUUUUAUUACAUUUGUAACAUUUUUUAAUACAUAAUUAUACCACUUGAAAUUUUCAGUGCAUUCUAGCAAUUUCCUGUCAGGACGGAGACUUAUUUUGCUGGGCAUAGGUUGUUAAGGGCAUCCCUUGUAUUGUAACCCCAGAAUUGAUUUUCUAAUCCAAGUAGGUUGCCUAUUUAGAACAA